CCUUCCACAAAGUACGUGUGGGAAGCUGGUUUUCCGACAAGUGGCUAGUCAGCUUUCCGACACCUGUCCUAAAAUUUUCUGACGGAUUUAAUGAAUUGAUGAAGGGUAGUUUAGACUUUUGAUAAGUGGGAUUUUUUCGGGACUCCGUUGACGAUUUUGGUUUCCGCGGGUACCUCUCUCCACCUCUUCUCAUCUCAGACGCUCGGGCCCACUUCCCGGCUGAUCCAGCGCAUGUCGUGUCGUCGCCGUUGCGUGCCUUCUCCACCUCCGUCAAUCCUAUUCACAGGUGAGAAAUUUUGAGUUUUUAACGUUUAAUUUUCUGAUAUUAGGGCUUUUGUGCUGGGGUUUUGGCCUUUUUCAAGACCAAAUUGAUGACGGAGGUGGCGGUGUUUCAAGGGAGAGAUUGCUUUGAUAGAAGGAGAGGGGGAGGGAAGGGUAGAAGUGAAAAAGCCGAAAGCGUAUUCAAUGGGAGAAGGUUGUGGCAUUCGAAUUCUCCGCUGCUGCAGUAUCUAUCUGAAACCUGUCUAUGCUCCUGCUCAAUCCCAUCUAACGAAGUCGUGUUCCUUCGCUUCAAUCUAUAACACAAACCAGAAGAAGAAUAUGAGCUCGUCUUUUGGCUCUUUCGCUCUGUCCAGUAGAAGUGUUGGUCGAGGAAGAGGGUUGGAGACGAAGAAUGAUCGAGAGAGAUCAAGAGGCCGUGGUGGUGGUUCAGGCAAAGACAAAAUUGAUUCUCUUGGUAGACUCUUGACACGCAUUCUGCGCCAUCAGGCUUCUGAGUUAAACUUGAAUAUGCGAAGUGAUGGGUUUGUCAAAGUUCAAGAUUUGCGAAAGAUCAAUUUAAAAACAUUUGCAAAUAUUCCUUUAAAAUUGCACACAAUUGAGGACAUCAAAGAGGCUGUCAGAAAAGAUAAUAAGCAGCGUUUCAGUCUCCUGGAGGAAAAUGGAGAGCUGUUGAUACGGGCAAACCAAGGGCACACAUUAACGACAGUUGAAUCAGAAAGUUUAUUGAAACCCAUCCUUUCAGCUGAGGAAGUUCCUGUUUGUGUACAUGGAACAUAUAAGAAGAAUCUGGAUUCCAUAUUGGAGUCGGGCUUAGGACAUAUGCAAAGACUGCAUGUUCACUUCUCUUGUGGCUUGCCUACAGAUGGGGAAGUAAUUAGUGACCUUUCAGGUAUGAGACGGAAUGUUAAUAUCUUAAUCUUUCUUGAUGUCAGAAAAGCUCUGGAAGAUGGAAUGAAGCUCUACAUUUCAGACAACAAGGUGGUCUUGACUGAAGGUUUUGAUGAUGUGGUGCCUGUCAAGUACUUCGAAAAGACAGAAUCAUGGCCAGACAGACAACCUAUACCUAUUUUGAACCUGUAAUUCUUGAUAGGAGUAGGAGCCAUUUCCAUGCCAGCACUUCUUUACAGUGAGGGCAUUGUUCUUUCAAUGGUUAAAUGGAAUUUCUCUUGUUUUUUGAUUGUGGCAACAGUGAGAUUGAGAUUGAUCUGGGUUUGCAUAAUGAGAGUCAAAGUUCCAAAUA